AUGGGCGCGUCAGCCAGUCAGAGCCGGCUGGGACCACUGGUGUGCCGGGGCGAGUUCGACGGCAUGCAGAUCCCUGGCGUGGGAGAGGAAGAGCGGAUACCUGAGGAUGGGCGCAUGGGCUUCACCGCGGCACAGGUGGCCCCAGCCGAGGUGGCGGCGGGAGAGCGCACGAAGAACUUGAGCCUGGUCACGGGCAUCCUGCUGAGCUUCUCCUGCGGGCUCGCGCUCCUCUACUCCUCCUGGAUCUCCGCUGGAAGCUUUGGGGCAGAGGCCCUGACAAGCCGGGUGUGCAGCCUGACCACGCCGCGGAGCGGCCUGAAAUGGCCACUCGGCCCGGCGCCCGUCCGCCUCGCCCUCUCGGCGCUGCCGCGGCCGCGGGGCAUGCUCUCGGGAGCGGGCACGCCAGAAGAGGUCGCCAUGCUGCGGGGCGAGGACUCGGAGGGCGACGAGGGCGCCGGCCACUGA